AUGGCGGACACUAUUAACAACAACUUAUUGUACCAUCAACCUAUAAACUUAUUUAGGAACAACGCUAUCAGCAUUCCAAAACGAAACGAAUUAAGGUUGAAGAAAAAAAAUGUUUUGUUUAAUACAUCUAGCGCAAAUACAACCAACAAAGAUAUUUUAAGAAAAUGUUCUGAUCAAUUUAACGACUACUAUACUACCAAAAAACUGUACUCAAAUUAUUACCAAUUUAAUAAUAAUAAUAAUAAUAAUAAUAGUACUGACAUCGCGUCAAUUGAUCAAUACAACAAUUCUUUAUCAGUUGAUCAAUUUAAUAAUAUACUAAUUUCAAAUAAUAGUAAUCUAUCAAUUUUAAAAAUUAUGAAUGAAAAAUUAUUUAAUUUGCAAAAAGUUAACUUACCAAAAGACAAUAAUUUAAUUUCGACUUUUACUGAUUUUAAUAUUGAAAGCAGUAGGGGCACUCUACAAGAAGAAAGCGACAGUAAAUAUAUUUUAUCCGGUGAUUCAAAUGGUAAUAUUAAUUUAAUUAAGACUUCAUUGGAAAAUGGGAAUGCAACUAUUUUAAAGAAUUAUAAUCAUAAAACUUAUUUAAAGUCAUUAAAUAAAACAGAUUGCUUCCCAAUCAGAAAAAUUUUGAAUUUUAAUAAUAAUUUUAUUUCCAUUAUAAAUGAUUCAAUAUUCAUUUAUAAUUUAGAAAAUAGGAAAAAACCAAUAUUUUUACAAUCUUUCCAAGGUUUGGGUUCUGUUGCAAAACAUGAAAACAAAAAUUUAUUAGCUUUAUCAGGUUCAAAUUUUGGUCCUUCUGGUUUAUCCUUGUUAGAUUUACGUUCUAAUAAUACCGAUAAGCCAAAUAAUUUGAUUUCAAAUCAAUAUUCACCUAAUUUAAGAAAUCAUGAAAGUAAAAAUUCAAAUGUUAAUUCAUUAGAUUGUAUUUGGAUUGAUAAUUAUCAUAUUGCAAAUACUAUUCAUGAUACUGUAAAAAUUUGGGAUAUUAGAUCGACUGAUUUCUCACCGGUUCUAAAUAUUGAUCCGAAAAAGGGCUAUAUUCAAUCUUUAUCAUUUAAUCAAUCUGAAAAAAAGAAUCAGAAAACUCUAUUCACAAAUGAUGAUCAAAAUAAUAUUAUCUCUUGGGAUCUAACAAAUUUUAAAUCAAUGAAAAAUUGUAUACUUUCACAAGGUUUUAAUACAAUUGUACAAGAAUUUAAUGAAAAUUUAAUAAAUGACGUCUAUGAAUGUGGUAAUAUUAUUGUUAAUGGAAAUUCUGGUAAUUCAAAUUAUAAUUCAAAUUUUAUUCAUUCUAAUUAUUUAAUGAACCCUUUAAAUGAUGGCUCUCUAUUAACAUUAAAAAAUAAUGAACUGGGCCUGCAUCAAAUUAAAAAUAUUCAAUGUUCAUUCCUUCAAAAUAUAAACUACAAUGAUGAAUUACAUUCUGAUUCAACUUUGAAUGAUUCAACUGAAAAAAAUGAUACCCAAAAAGUCUUUUAUAGAAAUGACUCAAAUAAGAAUUCUGCUUCAACUUUAACGGAUCAAAAUUCGACUUAUGAACAUCAUCACUCAGAUAGCCUAUAUUCUAUCAACAAACUUGCAUUAAGUGGUUCCACAAUUUAUAACAAUUAA